GCUAGAUCAUGUAGAUGAAUGAGAACUGUGUAGAAGGAUAUGGCUCCCACAAGAUACAUCAUUCUUGGAGGCGGGGUAGCAGUCUUGGCUAUUGGUUACCACUAUGAGGUCAUUGGCACAGUCCUGUCUCUGUUGGUCCAUUGUGUGAUAGCCGUACUAGGUAUCUAUCUUGGUGUGACAUGGUCUCUGGUCCAGGGAAAAACGUACAAACCAGCCUCCCAGCCCCGGGAGUCAAAAAUGGCACAGGAACUCAUCAAAUUGAUGGAAAAAAGGUAUGAGAAGAAAUCGGAGACAAAGAAAGUAGUGAUAACAAGAAAUGUAGAUGGCGCGUUACAGGAAGUUCUUGACCUUAUCAUGAGAGACUAUAUCAUGUCAUGGUAUGCUGAUCUGUCGAAGGACCAUGAAGCUUUUUUAAGUUCUCUAAGAAGUGACAUAUGGGUGAUGAUUGAAUCUUUGACAAACAGAUUGAAGAAGAUAGACAAAAUGAAGCUGAUUACGGAGGACGUCAUUCUGAAAAUCCACAAACAUUUCCAGGAGAUCAGAGAAUACAGGAAGAGAGAAGAUGACAAAAUAGCCAAGAAAUUCAUUUUACAUCCCUGGCUGGAUAACGAGGAGACAGAGACAGAAUUUCUGAGGAAGGUUUGUGAAUCUCUGCUGAUAGCACUGCUACCCAAGGAAUACAUUCGCUGUCACACACUGCGGAGAAUGCUGAGAGAAAUACUGACAUCAUCAGUUCUGAAACCCUCCGUGGACAUGAUAUGUGAUCCUGACUACAUAAAUCAGAAACUAAUAAACUACAUUGAUUACCGACGACAGCUUUCUGAGGAUACUCGUAAGAAGUAUACGUAUGCAGCUACGUACGAGGAAUUCGUGAAACUCAUUGACAAGUGUGACGAUAUAGAGCACCUUAAACAAAUAAGGUACAAUAUCAUGACAGAAAUAAUCCAUGCAACAACCAUUCAGAACAUUAAAAAGGAACAGAACAUUCCAGAAAAACCAUUGAAACCUGGUGAGAAAGGACCAUCUCGAGCCAUGGGUAAAGGGGAUCUUCUAAAAGCUAGAAAUCUGAAGAGAUACAUAAAUCAGCUGACUAUUGCCAAAGUUCACAGUGAGAAGAGAAUACAUGCCUUAGGGGGACCAGAUUACAAGAGCUAUGAAACAACAGAGGACCCAGAGGGAAUGGUCACAAAGAGUACAAAGAUUUUGUCCUUUGAAGAAGUGAUGGAUUCAGUGGAAGCUAAAAUGGAAUUUUACAAAUUUUUAGAAAAAGAUGACAACCAUUCCUUGCUUGGAUUUUGCAUGGCUGUAGAAAGACUUGAGACUGCUGAAAAGAGGAAGCAGUAUCAGUUGGGUAAGGAGAUAUUUGACAAAUACAUCGCCAGUAGUACGAGUGCGGUCAAGCUGGACAGGGGAACCGUGAAAGACAUGGAGGCGUUCUUACUGGGGAACUCACCUGACUAUGGAGCAUUUGAGAGGGGAGAGAAGACUGUCUUGGACAUCUUGAAGAAGCAGUACUAUCCAUCAUUUCUUGUCAGUGAUAUUUACCAUAAGUAUAUGAAGUCCUUAGAACAAGAUACCCCAGCUGAUCUCACAGAACAAAGGAAAGAUUUACUGUUCUUCCAGCCAGACAGUGAUGAGGAGGAGGUCUACAUGGACUUUAACAGUGAUGACAGUGUUAUUUUUAAGGAUCAGUCUUACUUUGCUCAGCAGAAACUGGAGCAGCUGGAUGGGAAAAUCCAGAACAAGAGCCAUGCACUAAAAGCCAUCAGAGAAUCACGGAAAAUGGAUGAUGUGAAGACAGAGAAGAUAGAGAAGGACUUGGAGGGGGAGUUGGAGCAGUUGAUCCUACAGAGGAGGCAGCUAGAGAUCCACAUCCUGAGAACUCAGAAGUGGUGUGAGAACCAGGGCUCCUGGAGGGCCACGAUCUACGAAGCCCAGAUUGUUGAGGAGGAUGAUAAGAGGAUCCCUACCUUUGUUUUGAUUGUACAUCUGACCGGACAGGAAAAGUCCUACAAUCUCCAACACAGUGCCGAGGGCUGGCUAGUCACCAGAACUAUCCCAGAUUUCAACAGGCUCCACGAGAAACUCACAGAGAUUGGACCUUGGUUGAAGAAGAAAGAACUUCCAUCUGUGCGGCGAUUCACGACCCUGGACGACAAAUUCUUGACCGAGUGUAAGAGAAUACUGAAUGAUUAUCUCAGUGCUGUAAUGAAGGACGGAAUGAUGGCCCAGAGUGAGGCUCUCUACGGCUUUCUGACGCCUACACCGGAAUUCUUCAUGCACAGGAAACCAGAGAAAAAGAAAGAGUUCUUCAUCACCUCCAUUAUUAAAAGCUUGCCAAUUGGUCAGUACAAACAAGUGAACGAAGACGAACUAAAACUGGUGGAUGAAGAAGAUGAUGGUUCCAAGUUGGACAGGAAGGACUCGAUUGCCGAGCCCUUCUACAGACUUGUGGACGAGGUGUUUGAGUGUCACGGAAUGUUUAAAUGGCUGAGACGCAGCUUCAUCAUGUUUGUAGAAGUCACCUUUGGAAGAUCUAUAAACAGACAACUGCGAGAAACAGUGGACUGGGUAUUUUCUGAGAGCAUGAUCAUUUACUACAUCACUUUGUUUAAGAACUCCAUGUGGCCCAAUGGCAAGCUAGCUGAACCUCCAACCCCAAAGACAGAUCUCCAAAAAUUACAAACAAGGCUAGAAGCCAAGGAGAAGUUCUUAAACAACAUGCCAGAUGCAGUCAGGACACUUUUAGGAGAGGAGAAUGGUAGAAGAGGGGCUAUCAAAAUGUUCGAGGUUUUACAAGACACAAGACUCAACAAACACCUCUUUUAUGGUCUUUUGGAGGUUUUUCUGUUGGAAAUCUGUCCAGAACUGAAGGGAGGUACAGAGUCUGCUCAGUGACGGACCAAAAACAACACAAUUACAUUGUAUAAAGGACAGUUGUGAAAAAUUAGUUGUUCAAAAUGUGUCAUUAUAGACAAGAGGUGGACUGUAUUCAAGGUACAGGGAUUGUGCAAUUAGAACAUGUAGAAAAGAAAUAUAUGUAUUAUAUUUAUAUUUUUUGUAUGAAUUUCUUGUUGCAAUAUAAAUUUUAAAAUUUAUUUCUACUCUGUUAUUCUUCCUAUAUUAUUGUAUUUAAAAAGAACAUGCAUUUGCAGUUCAAAUUGUUUAC